UACGACGAGGCAGCUGCCAGCGACCAACCACCGUCCUCCUCCAGUCCUCUCCUCGGUAGGUUAGGUAGGCGGGGGCGAGGAUCGGAUCGGAGGAGGUUAAGGCCUGGCCUGAGCUGUCUGUCUCCUCCCUCGUCCGCCGCGUCGCCGCUGCCCCCCCCCCCCCCCCCCCCCCCCCCUGCGCACACAAGUCACCUGGGUGCAGCCGAGCUACCGCCGUUGCACACGUACAGCUGGGUGGCCUGGCCGUCGUGGAGCUCUGGCGACCCCCUCUAAUUAGAAUGUCUGGCUGGCCGCUGAGCUAAGCCCAACCAUAAAGCCGUCUCCUCGUCAAGCUCCGACCCCUGCCCUGCCCCCGACACCAUUCUGCUGCCUUCUCCUUCCUCCCGUCCCUGCUGCCGCGUUCUCUCUCCUUCCUCUCCUCUUGAGAGAGAGAGAGAGAGAGAGGGGAAAGGGAGAGGGACAAGGGAGGGGAAGGAGGAGGAGCAGGAGCAAGAACAAGCAGCAGGGCCGGCCGGCCGGGCGGCCUCGUCCGUCUCCGAUCCGUCACAGCUCUCUGACCAACCCUUCUCCAGGCGCGCACAAUCAUCACCAUGGCUGCUGCCGGGAACGCCGUCGUGCCCAAGUUCGGCUCCUGGGACGCCGAGAACAUCGGCUACACCGUCUUCUUCGAGAAGGUGCGCGACAACAAGCCCGCGCCGGCGCCGGCGACGACCGCUCCCCCCAAGCCGCCAACCAGCGGCAACGGCGGCGGCGGCGGCGGCGGCUACGACUUCGACCCGUACGAGCACUACGAGAACCUCAGCAGGAAGGUGCCCUCGCGCCCGCCGAGCUCGCACGGCAGCCACGCGCCGGCGCCCGCUCCCAAGGCGCCCGCCGGCGGAUACGACUACGACCCGUACGAGCACUACGAGAGCAUCAGCAGGAAGGUGCCCUCGCGCCCGCCGAGCUCGCACGGCGGUCCCAAGGCGCCCGGCGGCGGCGGCGGAUACGACCCGUACGAGCACUACGACAACCUCAGCAGCCGGAACGUGCCGUCCCGGCCGCCGAGCUCCCACGGCCAUGGCCACCCACCGGCCGGCUACGACUUUGACCCGUACGAGCACUACGAGAACAUCAGCAGCAGGAACGUCCCGUCCCGGCCGCCGAGCUCCCACGGCCACGGCCACGCGCCGCCGCAGCCGCACCACCGGCCGCAGAACCACCAGCAGCAGCACCAGCACCCCGGCGGCCACGGUUACCACCACCGCCGGACCGGGAGCAACGGCAGCAGCGCGGCGUCCGAGACCAGCAGCCGCGGCAGCAAGUUCUCGCCGCCCAGGCCGUACCAGCCCCGGUACAGCAGCAACACCACCAACAACAGCUACCCGGCGUCGCAGCCGCAAGCCGCCGGCCACGGCCACGGCCACGGCGCCGCGCACGCGCACGCCCACCAGCAGCAGCACCACCACCACCACCACGGCGCGCCGAGGGCGGCGGCAGCCUCGCCGUCGCCGUCGCCGCCGCGGCACCAGCCGCCCCCGCCGCCGCGGCGGCCCAAGCCGUCGGCGGUUCCGCGGUUCGGCGUGUGGGACGAGCAGAACGCGGCGGCGGCGGCGCAAGGGUUCACCGUGCAGUUCGAGAAGGUGAAGCGGCACCGGGAGGAGGCCAGGACGGCCCCCGCGCCGCCGGUGCCGGCGCCGCAGCAGAUGAUGCCUCACGAUCACGCCGCGGCGGCGGCGGCGGCAGGGGCGCGGCGGUACGGGAAGAGGAAGCCCAAGACCAAGAGGUCCUUCAUGUCCAAGAUGUACAGGUGCCUGUUCCCAAGGGUCCGAGAGUGUGAGUGAGAGAGUGAGUGAGGCCGCAUGUCGGUAAUUACUAGUAGUGGUAUAAUCCAACGACAAUUACCACACAAUCGUAUACGUGUUCUUCGGCAGGGACUGUACUAUGCUAGCAUUUCUUGAAAAGAUUUGUUCGUUCUUUUGUUCAUUAUUACUUCUAUAUACUGUAUAUGCAUGUAUAACUCCCGGCAUUAGUCAAAGCAUAUGAAAAUCAUGUCACGUGCUC